GCUUGCACUUUGCACUUGAGAGAAAAGGGGGCAGCAGUCCUAUUUGUUCACGGAGACUCAGGAUUGCCAAGUCUUUUGGUCAGUUCCACCAUCACCAGAGACGACCAUGUCCCAGAAAGCACGGCGAGUGGCCCGACGGUCCUGGUAUCGAGAAACCAUGGACCUGUCCAGACGGCCGAAUGCAUAUUGGGUCCCAAGACUGUGCUUCGCAAACCAGCAGCAGGCAGCGGUUGAUGUGCGAAGGACGCUCAGGGACACUGCUGCCCCAUUUCUCAGAUCGAUUCAUUCCACAAGUGAACUUGAGAACGGGCGUUCGUCAAGCAAGAUGGACAUAUGUCGUUGGAGCGGGUCAUACCCCCCCCGCUCUUGCCCAAUCAACCGAUUGCUCUGACGUCGUUCGGCCUUGAUGCAACGACUUGCUGCACCGUUUAUAAGCGAGCCUUGGCUCUGCUCGGCUCACAGCACCAGCUUUGUCUCGGCCGUCUCGUCUCCGUGGUUUCUUUGCUUUCGUCCAUCCACGUCGCUGUCCCGCUCAACAUGAGAGUCCUCGUCACCCUCGCCGUCGUCUGUUCUGCGAUCCAAGUGGCCGUGGCCGACUUCCAAAAGACCCAGUACUUCUGGGGCAAUCUCCAGCCGUCGUGCGCCCAAGUCUUCCCGAGCCUGAUCGUCGUCGAGCAGUCUCGAGACGAAGGAUGCAACGAACAGUACUGCGUCGCUGGAAGCGACGGUGCCCAAGUCUCGCAGAACUGCGGGCUGCAGGUCUACCAGAUGGCCAGCGGCGAUCUUCCCCAAAACUCGAUUGUCGCCAAAUUCUUUGUCAACGACGCCACUUGUGGCAUGAACGUCUCCUCGACGACCGUCACCGAGUCCCGGAUCAUCGGCCUGAGCUCCGUCGGAUGCUAUCCGCGCAGUCUGUUUGCACCCACCACCCAGAGCACCGCUGCCUUCGAGUCGGCGAUGGCCCUCCAGAUCCGCAUGGGCUUCACGGGCUCGGGCGGAUAUGUGUACUUUUCGUGCCAGGCCGGCGUCGGCCCUGUCGUCCAGGUCUGCGAUGACAGCGACUGCCAGGUCAACUGCCGCACCGUGCGCACUGCCAUGGUCGACAACACCUGCACCACCUACCAGCAGGCCUAUCUGGACGACUCGAUCCCCAUGAGCAUCUUUUCCCGCUGCGUCGGUGUCCCUUACAACAACUCUGGCAGCCUCGGCACCUUAGCUUUCCAGCUUUCGUCCGCACCCUCUCCGACCAUGUUCCAACAGUUUGCCAUUCCGGCUCUGGUCAUGCUUGCCGGCACCCUGAUUCUCUCUGGAUUUGUCUGAGCGACCUGCCCUGUCAUCAUCGCCACCCCGCCCCUCUAUCAAACAUAGGCACGCUGUUCUGGCCUUCUGGAAGGCUGCUGGGCUGCUCACUCGUGCUUUGAGUGACAAUCUGGGAGGAGGGCGAGGCGGCCAUUGCUUGUUCUUUGCUCUCUGUUCUUUGCUCUCUGCUCUUUGCUCUCUGCUCUUUGCUCUCUGUUCUUUG